GAAAGAUCAAACUUAUUAUUAGUCCCUGAAACGCGGCUUAUGGUCCUGUGGCUUUCGAAUCACACAUUUCGAAAAAUAUUUUCCCCGACCGCCCAAAUAGCUCCCCUAUUAUCUUGGGGAGAUUAUUACAGUAAAAAUGAUUCCGAGGUAUUGAUUGAAAUGCCAAGUUUUUGAGUCGUUCAGGGAGAUGAAGCAAAAUGGAGUGAAAAACAAUAAAACUGCAUGGCUUCACACUUCACAGCAGGGAUCAAUUGUUCGCUGAGCUCGAUCGAGCCGCUUUCCUGCCUCCGCCACCGGAAACUCACUCCCGUGGGGUGUUGACGUACUGUACUGUGCCGCUCUGCCGUAUUUUGGCAACCCAGACACAACCGGAAUCAGCGAAGGGGGUUUUAGAUAGCUUAUGCCAAGUACAGUACAUGUAGAGGUUUAUCUGAAGCUGCUAAGCAAGCUCCCUUUUUACUUCAUUUGCGAAUGGUCCAUAAAAUUUCUCUCUCAUAUUUCCAAAACCAAAAGUUAAAAUAAUGAUCAAGCCAAGUUUCUUCCUUGUUGGAGCUUCUCUGGGUCAGCUCUUUUUCAUUCUCAUUUCCCAGACCAGUGGAUACAUCGUUGACAGCGAUGUUAACAUCAAGGUCAGGCCUUUCCAUCACAGUCCAAUCAAGCAUGCAACUGCACCAACGGCAUUGCAGUUGCCAUCACCACAAAGAUCCAAGGCUGUUGCCCUGGAUCCAUCACAGUACAAUGCAGCACGAAUCAAACGAGGUCAACAGUUCUUUCAGGACAAUAUGGUUGUCAUUGCCAAUUCAUGGGCCCUAAUCAUUGUUGCAGGCUUUGCCGACACCGAAAUGGCAAGUGCCCUUCUUUCUACCAAAGCAACAGACACUGCAGAAAAGGCACAGCAGCGGUACCAUCGGACUUUCCGAGACUUGUUGUACUGGCACACUCAAGACCUAUUUGACCCCAGCUCUCCAGCUGUGAGGCAACUUCGGGCUGUCAAAUCAAUGCACAAUCGUGCCGCUGCUUCCAUUGCUGCCAAAGCCGACACCAAUUCAUCCAAGUGCCCCUUUUCAGCGGCAGCCCGCAACCUUGUCAAAUUGACUUGUCAUCACACUACUAGCACAAAAGGAUCAAACCGAGCAGCAUUCAUUCAGUCAGUCAUGGCAAGAACGCAAGCUUCUUUCGUUGCCAUGGCGGUCACAAAUCCAAAGGGUCUUGGAAUUUAUGACCAGUGUGGACUGGAAGACUUUGUUUAUUUGUGGUGGGCUCUUGGAAAGGAGCUGGGAAUAGAGGACAAAUACAAUGUGUGCUCCAGCCUUGCCACUGCCAAGAAGUUUGUUGCUGACGAGUACACAAUGAACAUAGCACCAGCAUUGGCAGCUUUGGCUCGGCAUCCCACUCAAAGUUUUGAAACCUUGGCAAGUGCAUAUUGUGAUGGCAUUGACUUGACCCCAGAAAAUGUCAAGGUUUUCACAGGACAUAGUCCUCAACAAGCUCUCUGGACGGUUGCACGUUUUUUUCCUGGAGGAUUCGAAAAGAAGUUUCCACUGACACCCUGGGAACAUGCCAAAACGGUCAUGGAGCUGGAUUCUUUUCGUAGAUUGGGGCGCAUGCCAGCUGCUGCUAGACGAUUGCUCAACAGGUCUGCAAUUGCAUCCUUUUUGAAACAUGUAGCGCAUAGAAGGGAGCCGUAAACACCAAAUAAAAACAAUUUUUGACAAUC